CCUGAUCAUACAAUUUGUGUACUUUAGCAUAUUUCGACUCCCUCAUAACCAGUUUCCGUUCUGCCUUGUCUUCGCAGCACCGUCGCGCCCCUGACCGAACUACGAGGUAGCUAUCGAAAACAGGGGGCUGGACGGGAUUGAUCCUAGAAGCAUCCAUUCUUUCAUGGAAGUGGAGUUCAGAACCAAUUUUUAUUAUUAAACGACUCAAGAAAAUAGGUCAAGAGAACUAGGUACGGAAGACUCCGCAAAAGACCACUCCGCCCGGAAAAAGGUGAUCGUACGAAGAUCCUUACGAAUGACAAGAAUAUGGCUGGACCCGCUGGAUUAUCUUACCUCUACAUCCCUCCAACGUCUUUCGCGAGCGACUCCAAACAACAUGAAUACUAUAACCUCUCCAGUAUGACCAUUGCUUCCUCAUCCUCCACCUCCUCGUCCUCUACAGACUACACAACUUAUCCCUUGAUCAGUCACAAUGGUCGAACGUAUCUCCGGGACCCAGACAAUCCGUAUCCACUCCCUUGCGACCUUGCGGAAAUACAUCGCCAAUCGCUGCGAUCGCUAAUGCUGAUGCACGUCUUUGGCGCGCCGUUUUGUUCUCCUCACUUUAACGAGGAUCCUCCGAAACGGGUACUCGAGAUCGCAUGUGGAUCUGCAUUGUGGUCGAACGCCUGUCACGAGUAUUUUGCGAAAAGGGGACAUUCGAAUAUUUCCUUCACGGGAAUUGAUAUAAUAAACAUCGCGCCGGAUUUACAGAAGCAAGGUGUAAAUUGGCAAUUUAAGCGCCACGAUCUACGAAAACCCAAGCUGCCUUUUCCAGAUGGAUAUUUUGAUUUUGUUUUUAUCAAGGACGCAGGCGUCGCUCCCACCGGUCCAGAUCUGCAGGCUGUUCCACUCGCAGAACCACUUCGGGUUUUGAGACCGGGAGGUGUCCUCGAAGUAUGGGAGUCAGAUUUCAUAUUCAGGUCACUGCUUCCUGAUCCCCCCGCAGCGCCUGGUUUGUCUGAGCGGGACCAAGAACAGGCCGAUGCGACAGGCACAUAUACCAUCUUCCCCGCUACGCCGUUUGCGGACGCCCAAAACCCCUAUUUGCGCGACUAUAACUCCUGGGCAGAAAAGGCAUUUGAACUACGCAAACUUACGCCCAUGCCGUGCGCCACGAUCAAUUUGUCCUUCACUUCUGAGUCAGAGUCUUUCCAGAGUGUCGAUAGCCGUAGGAUCGCUAUACCUCUCGGUGAAGUGAAAUGGGAACACACGUCAAACGGAGGAACGACUCCACGGAAGCAUUUAACGGAAGACCAAUUGACCUUGCGUCACACUGCACUAUUAAAUGUUGUCCAGAUGAUUGAAAGUAUGGAGCCUAUACUGAUGGAAGCAAGCGAAAAAGGCAAAGCCGAAUGGGAUCGGUGGUGGGCGGGUAUGACGCAGGAUCUGUUGCAGAAAGAUGGAGUCGCGAGCGGAGAGUGUUUAGAAGUCGGCGCUUGGUGGGGACAGAAGCGAUGAUUGAACAGUCCUGCACUAAAGUUUUAAGACAUGAAUAUUUGCCUGCCGCUCCGCAAUUCCCCCCCAUAUUCACGAUCAUCAAAUUUUAUAUACCACUACUGCUUCCGGUGGGCGUCGACGGCUGAUUUCGGAUUUUUAGGAGUUGGUAUAAUGGUUUUUAAGAUAACGAUAGCGUCUCAGGUAAUAUCUGUGGUAUAUUGCUUUUAGCAAGGCGUUUCAUCUGGCUGCUGGUCGCUGGUCGCGAAACGGGGGUUGAGAAUAACAAGAAAAUGGGAAUGCAGGAUAAU